CAGAGCCAGGUCCCAUUGAGUAAAACUCUGCCGUUUUACAAAUAUUGAAGAAGAAGAAGUUUGCUCUCUGAACCCAAACGCUAUCUCCAUGGCUGCCUUGGCGAAGAUGAUAAUGAUACCAACUGCUUCUCCGGUACGACAUUUUCAACAUUCCAAUUUGAUUUCUUCCAGUUGGAGUUGCUGUCAUGGCCAUGCUUCUCAUAUCCAUCAAAGCAACAACAAAAGCUUAAUUCUUUGUGGUACCCAACAAAACCUUUUCAGGUCGGCCGUCUCUACUAAUAUCCAUUGGAGGGUAUCAAAACGUGCAUACCAACCCGUGUGUGCUUCUGGGUCAGGUUUGGAGGCAUCAAUUACAGAUCCGGAGGAUAAGGCAUUAAAUUUGAAAGAUGCAAAGAUAGUUGUGGUGUCGCAAGAUGAAAAUGAGCUAGAGCUAAGAGUGGAUUUGAAUGGGGAUGAGACACAAAAAUCAUUUGAUAAGAUUUUGAGGGAGUUGGCUAGUACGGCACCACCAAUUCCAGGAUUUCGAAGGCAAAAAGGAGGGAAAACAACACAGGUUCCACAGAGCUUGCUUCUACAGAUUCUUGGUAAAGAUCGCGUCACCAACUUCGUCAUACGUGAAAUAUUAACCACAACCAUGAAUUAUUAUGUGAAAAAGGAAAACUUGAAGGUGAAGGAGAAGAAAGUUAACACGAUCCAAACUGCAGAUGAGCUCAAAAUGGCAUUUGUGCCUGGAAAGGAAUUUGGGUUUAAUGUAUCUCUUGAGCUAGAGAAAUCAGAAACUGAAGCAUUGGCUUCCAGUGCCUCAGAUGGGUAGAAUGAUUCAUUGAACUUUAUGAAUAACUGGAAAGCUAUCAAUUAUUUGUUAUUACUGAAUACCAAGUACAGAGUUCAGGAGAAGCAAUCUGAAGCUUUGCCAUUAUGAAGAAUCUUGAAAUUUUGUAUUGUAUGCCACGGGUAGCCAUGCUUCUAGCCGUGACAGAAGUGACCCUGUUGUCCUUAACGGCUGCAUAUUCUCAUCUUACAGUGGGAGGGAAUUCUAGUAUUUCUGUGCCAAUAAUUUCA